AUGGACGACGAGUUCGGAGAAAUUAAUGAGUUCUUCGGUAACGACUUCUCUGACAACGAGCCAGAUGAGGAUGGCGCCGAAGCUUCAACUGACCAGGUGUUAAAUAACCUAUUGGAGAAGGAAAAUCAAGAAGUUGUGAAAAAGCGUGCAAAGUCACGACCACAGCCAAAAUUAAACGAGGCCACUCUCAUAGGUCCGAAGGGAAUCAAGGCUCUGCAGGAUUCUUUCAAGAACUUCAAACCGGAUACGAAAAACGACCCGUACGAUAAUCUCACCGUGAUGUUGAAGAAGUACGAACACUGGGCUCAUGUCAUGUUUCCAAAAUUGAAGUUUGAAGAUGUUAUCAACAGAUGCGAAGUUUUGGGAGAUAAACGAGCGGUUAAGAUUAUUCAAACUGAGAACAAUGAAGAGGAUGCUCGAUCGAGAAGGAGCGACAGUGAUGAUGAAAAUUACUACGAUCCUUUAGAAUCAACGUUCUCGAAAGGCAAAUCCAGUGAUGGUAAAACUGCCGAAAAGUCAUCGUCGGCUUCAACGACAACUGUACCGUUAAAUGGCGACGUCUCCAAUGAAGAUGAAAUUGAAUUGAUGGAGUCAGCAGAGUUAGCUAGAAGACAAGCCCUAGAAGAAGAGCAAAGACGACGUGAGGAGGAAGAGCUUGCAUUGGCUGAUGAGAUCAUGGACGACUUCGAUAUGUAUUGA